AUGACCACACAACAACCCCCAACCACAAUGCGCCGCUGGCAAAUCGCCGCCCCGGGCCCCUUCACCAGCACAAACCUCACCCUCGCCACCGUCCCGACCCCCUCGGAACCCCUCAAGCCCAACCAACUCCUCGUCCGCGUCGCCGCCGCUGGCAUCAACCCGGCCGACUACAAACUCCCCGGCCUCGGCCUCGUCGCGAAAGCCGUCGUCGCCUUCCCCAAGACGCCCGGCAUGGACUUCGCGGGGCGCGCCGUGGCCGUCGGCUCCGGCGUCGCAGACAUCCAGCCCGGCGACGCCGUGCUCGGCCGCAUGGACCCGCUCGGCGCGCAGGGCUCGCUGGGCGAGUACGUCGUCGCGGACCGCGAGGGGUGCGCGGCGAUUCCCGGGCAGGUGGACUUUGAGCAGGCGGGCGUGGUGGGCACCGCGGCGCUGACGGCGUACCAGACCAUCGCGCCGUAUGUCAAGGAGGGCGAUCGGGUGUUUAUCAACGGCGGGUCCGGCGGUACGGGGACGUACGGGAUUCAGAUCGCCAAGGCGCUCGGGUGCAGGGUGACGGUGUCCUGCUCGACGGCCAAGAUCGAGCUGUGCAAGUCUCUCGGCGCGGACGAGAUUAUCGAUUACAAGACGUCCGAUGUCGUCGGGAAACUCAAGGAGGAGGGGAAGGUGUUUAGUCUGGUGGUCGACAACGUGGGCAACUCGCCGCCGGACCUGUACAAGGCGUCUGACGAUUUUUUGAAGCCCGAGGGGCACUUCAAGUUCGUGGGGGGCGCGGUGUCGUUCGCGCAGGUGCGGAGUCUCGUGCCGAGCAUGUUCCUGCCGGGGUUCCUGGGGGGCGCGCGGCACAAGUUCGAGGCGUUCAUGACGAAGAACUCGCACGAUGAUCUGAGCGCGGUCGCGGCGUGGAUGGCGGAGGGGAGGGUGAGGAGCGUGAUCGACUCGAGCUUCGGGUUCGAGGAGGCGGACAAGGCGUAUGAGAGGUUGAAGGAGGGGUCUGCGGCGGGGAAGAUUGUCGUGAGGGUCGCGGAGAAGGUUUGA